CCCCAACUGCGUAAAGAAAUAUUUAUAUAUCCAUUACGCAUUCCUAUUGGGCUGCAACUACACACUAAUUCACUAGAAUUAAAAAAUGCCUGGCAGUACCGCUUUACAAGGACACAAGGUCGUGCCUGCAAUAAAAGAUAAACUAAGAAUGUAAUAUUAUUAUUUUCGAACAAAAAGAACUAACGAACAAUAUUUUUCGGUCCCCUUUAAUAAACUCAAGAUACCAUCUAUGGCUAUUUUGAGUUUUCUUACUUUUAAGUCUUCAGCAUUUCACAUGUUACACAACAAAUGCACCAUCUAGCGACUUGUAUUAUUUUCAAAAGUAAAAUUAUGAUUAAUAUUAAUCUCGUGUAGUAUUAUUAAAUCUUAUGUCCCCAUUGUUUUAUAUGAUUAAGUAUAUAUUCUUGCUAAAACUUUUUAGUAUCAGAAACAAUCAAGAUUUCUGAAGAAUAGAAUUGAAGAAGACGCUGGAAUUCUAGUGGCGAAUGAUUCACUCUGUUUGGACUUGGCGGCUUGCAGAAGAGAUCAACGCUUUUCGUUCGUCAGUUGUUUUCAGGGACUUUGUAUUUAAUGCUGACGUGUGUUGGGUUGUAGUUUGUACUCGUCACAGAGAGAUAAUUGAAACACCAGUAUUUCAUUUUCAAUUCAAUUGAAGUCUUUUUUUUCCUACCUUCCUUCGUGUCCACUAUUAGGAUAGUUGUCUGAUUGCCUUGUUGGUGGGGGAGUUCCGCUGAAUUCCAAAAUCUCUCUAUUAUCACCAUGGGUCUUACCAUUUCAAGUCUGUUCACUCGGCUUUUCGGCAAGAAGCAAAUGAGAAUUUUGAUGGUUGGACUUGAUGCUGCUGGUAAAACAACAAUCCUUUACAAGCUCAAGUUGGGAGAAAUUGUGACCACAAUCCCUACAAUUGGUUUCAAUGUGGAAACUGUUGAAUACAAAAACAUCUGCUUCACAGUCUGGGAUGUUGGAGGCCAAGACAAAAUUCGUCCUCUUUGGAGACACUACUUUCAAAACACCCAAGGACUCAUCUUUGUUGUAGAUUCCAAUGAUAGAGAACGUAUCACAGAAGCACAAGACGAACUUCAGAAAAUGCUUCAAGAAGAUGAGUUGCGAGAGGCUGUUGUCUUGGUAUUUGCCAACAAGCAAGAUUUACCACAGGCCAUGAGUGCUGCUGAACUCACCGAUAAACUAGGCCUUAAUCAACUAAGAGGGAGGAGAUGGUAUAUCCAAGCAACAUGUGCCACACAAGGUCAUGGAUUGUAUGAAGGACUUGACUGGCUCUCCAAUGAACUAGCUAAAUAGUAGUAUUUGGCAUGUUCCCAUUGAUAAAUCUUGCUGGUGGCUUAAGGAAAUUCCUCAAAUUUCAGAUUUGGUGGUGGAGGAAAACCAAACAUUCCUCCUGAGCUAUUAUUCUUCACUUUCAGUCCUUUCUCCUUAUUUGCUCUGUUUAUGAAAUAAUAAUUUUGUUUGUCAUAUUUGAUGUAUCUAAUUUGGAUGUCAAAUUUAAAAAAAGAAAGAAUUUGAGAAGAAUACAUUAGUUACAGUAUUUGCCUUAAAAA